AUGGCAGGCCGCUUUGUGCGCGCGUCGAAGUAUCCUGACGCGGCGCCAACAGGACAUGUCUUUGGAAAAUCGACCAGGAAGGAGUCCUGCUAUGACAACCUGCACAUCAGUCGCAAUGCUUGGGAUACGAAUCUGGUGAAGGUCAACCCCGAAUAUCUGGCGGUCAAUUGGGAGGCAAGCGGCGGUGGCGCAUUUGCCGUGAUACCACUUAAUGAGAAGGGCAGAUUGCCGGAGCAGAUCCCACUGUUUCGAGGACACACCGCACCGGUGCUUGACACGGAUUGGAAUCCGUUCGACGACCGCCUCAUAGCCUCCGGAUCUGACGAUGGGAAGGUUUUCAUAUGGCGGGUUCCUCAGGGGUUUACUCUAUACUCUGACGGAGACGAACCCACCGAUGUUGCACCAAUUAGCAAGUUAACGGGACAUUCAAGGAAAGUUGGACAAGUUUUGUUCAAUCCGGCUGCUGAGAAUAUACUGGCAUCAGCCUCGGGCGACUACACGAUCAAGCUUUGGGAUGUUGCCUCGGGCCAAUCCCACCUUACGUUAAAGCAUGGCGAUAUCGUGCAGAGUCUAUCAUGGAGUGCGAACGGAUCGAUGCUCGCCACUACCUCUCGAGACAAGAAGCUGCGCAUAUGGGAUGUUCGACAGGAGAGGGCUGCACACGAGGUGCCUGGACAUACUGGAGCUAAGAAUAGCAGAGUUGUAUGGAUGGGCGAACAUAACCGUCUUGCAACAACAGGCUUUUCAAAGAUGAGUGAUCGCCAAAUGGCUUUGUGGGAUGUUGGAAACCCUGUAGCACCCCUUGGGGGCUUCAAUGUCUUGGACUCGAUCUCCGGUGUUUGCAUGCCAUUCUGGGAUGACGGAACACAAUGUCUAUAUCUUGCCGGCAAAGGUGAUGGGAACAUCCGGUAUUUCGAGUACGAGAAUGACAAAUUUGAGUUUUUGUCCGAGUAUAAGUCUGGUGAACCGCAAAGAGGUAUUGCAUUCGUCCCGCGACGUGGCAUCAAUGUUCACGAAAACGAAAUUAUGAGGGCCUAUAAAACCGUCAACGACAGCUAUAUCGAGCCUAUAUCGUUUACUGUCCCUCGGCGCGCAGAAGUUUUCCAAUCAGAUAUUUAUCCUCCAGCAAUUGGUGCCAAACCCGCUGUAUCUGCUUCUGAGUGGCUCUCAGGCAAAGAUGGAAUUCCUUCCAAGAUCGACCUAGAGAGCGUCUACGAUGGAAAUGCCCCAGUCGAGGUUCCGGCCGAUUACAAACCACCGAAGGCUGCACCUGCUCCUGCAGCAACCAAACCCGCGGCUCCGGUAAAGAACGAGCCAGAGCCCACGCCUGUUACAAGAGUGGCCCCACCUUCAAUGUCAGAGCAGAAGGGCUCUAUUUCAGCAAUGGCUUCUAAGUUCCAAGAUGAUGAUGUGGAAGAUGAUGAUGAUGACGAGACUUCAAGCUUCGAGGAGAUUGCUCAGCCUGUCCAGCGACCUAGUGCUGCCGCAACCAAGGCGGAACCCAAACCACCAUCUCCCAUCAAACCAACCAGGGUGGAACCACCCAAACCCACACCGGUAUCUCAGGCCACACCGCGAUCCAUUCCGCCUCCUUCCGCAUCACCUACUUCAGCCUCAAAUCCGGAAGCGGGCUCUUUGAGCGGAGCCUCUAUUAAAUCCUCUCUUCAACAGAUCACGAGUCUUUUGGAAGCACAGACGAAGACGAUCAACGCCCAAAGCGAAAAGAUUGGACAUUUGACCCAAGAAGUAGAUAUGUUGAAGAUGAGAGUGGGCUCGGGGACGCAGGACCAGAGUGAGAGAAUUCGACAAUUAGAACUCGAGCUGGAGGCUGCCAGAUCGUAG